AAGCUUUUUUAUUCUCUCUCUGGGGACGGGACCAUUGUGUAAAAGAGUUAGUUAGAUCAGACGGCGGCACGAUGUAUUUCUUCGGUUUGUCCAAAGAAGAAGUGUUGUCACAGAAACAUGUUGUAUCAUAUAAAGAGACUUCUAAGCAGAAUCCAAUCAAUAUGGUCACUCUGUUUGGGAGACAGGUGUAUCAGGUGGAAAGCGAGAGCUCCAAGUCCGACGAUGGAUAUCAGAGACUAAACUCACCUAAGCUGCUGACGAAAGAUAUCGAUCUUCGGCUUCCUGCAGAUCACUACGCUUAUACUAACUUUCAUGAGACACUUGGUUCUGGGAAAUUUUACGGCAUUGGUGGUUACCAAGAUACCGUAGAGAUGAGAUUUCAUUCGGGGCAUGAAGGUAAUAAUGUGAAGGAAGCAUCAGCCACAAAUUGGAGUGGCAAGAGAAAUCCAAGAAUUGUUAUUGAUCUUGAAGAACCUCCUCCCACAUGGGUCUCCCAUAGAGAGACUACAGAGCAUGCUUCGGCUUCUGUUAGCUAUGUUACUGUAAGAAAUCCUGAAACAAAACCGUCGUUCUUUGAUCGGAUCAGCUCAAACAUUCUGAAAGUGGUGGAUCAAUCUCUUGUUGAGUAUGAUAGUGAUAAAACGACUAGCAAGGAGCCAAGUUUACUGGAUCUUAAUAGUACCCCGGUUGAUGAGUCUGUUUCCGAACCUCAUUAUUGUUUCUUACAAGAUCUGAACUGUCCAUACAUCGAGGAGGAGACAGAAACGAGCUGCGAGAAGAGUGGAAUAGAUGAUGGUCCUACACCGCUUUGCUCUCCUCAAUGCCAAAAUGUCCAUGAAAAAGACGGCACAGCAUCUCCAGCUUCGUAUACUUCUUGCUGCACCACAGAAAACAACUCGAGGACAGAGUCGAGAAGAAGUUCUUCUCCUCGAGCACUGGAGCCUUCUUGCCGUACCCGGCUUGAGUUUACCAACACAGAAGACUUACUGGAGGAGAAUGGAUGUUGUAACGAGGAGGAAGAUUCGUCUGAAGUGAUUCAAAUGGCAGCUGAAUCAUUAGUCCACAUAUCGGAGAUUUCAUUUCAAAAUCAAGACUUGCAAUCAAAGCUUGUGUCAAGAAUCAGCAGCUCAUCUCAAGAUCAAGACUUUCCAGAUAAACCCGAGAUGGGUAAAGCGGAACCAGGAUGUUCAUGCGAUUCAUAUGAGCGACACACAUUAGGAAUAAGAGAAACUAACACUGAAGAAGACUUCUGUGUGUCAUCAAUGGCUCGAGAUGAGCUUUAUAACAUCACAAGAGAUAGCAACAAAGAGAUUGGACUCAAGCUGAGAAGAGGGAGAAGAAUGAAGAACUUCCAAAAAGAGAUACUCCCAAGCUUAACGUCGCUCUCUAGACACGAGAUCCGAGAAGACAUUAACAUCUUGGAAGCAGUUUUGAGAUCAAGAGAGUACAAGAAGUUGCAGGGAAAGACGAAAGAUGUCAAAUUCAGAGCAAACCCAAGAAACAAACGUUCAGCGCCGCAAAGGUGCGUUGGUAAAAGAAACCGAAAAUCCGAGUGAUAUCGAUACCUUCCCGGAUUUAGAUUCUUUCAUACAAUUGCUUCAUCAUGUAAUCUUAUAACAGUCUUUGUUAUCGAUUUAUUUGUUUUAACUUAUGACAUUGAUUAUGAUAAGAGGAAAGGCUAGUGAGACGAUUACAUUCAUUUUCUCAUUCUCUCUCAAAUUGUUACUUAAGCAGUUAAGCCUAUCAUUUCUUAACAUUACAUUUUCAAAUUGUCGUAAUAGAUCGUUAGAAGUUAA